UUUUUAGGCUAUUUGGUUAUUUAUCAAUUAAAUAUAAUUAAUACUUUUAGGAAUAUAAUUUGUAUUUUGAAAUUCGUUUACUCAUUCGGUAUUCGGUUCGGUUUCAGUUUUUUUAUUCUAGAAAUAUAGAAUCCGUUCGGUUAUUUAUGAAAUUUAGUUUGGUUUCAGUUAUGAGCCUAUAUGUUACUGUUAAAAUAAAAUUUGGAAUAAUCGACUUUUAUUUAACAACAUUUGAUUGCACAUAAAAGCUAACUGUUACAAAUUUAUUUAGAAAAUUAUUUCACAAAAUAAUGAAAAUUAACAAUUGAACCGCAUGUGAUGACACAAUAUAUUUUCUUUAUACAUUAGAAAUUGUGGCACAGACUUAUUAAGAACGUGAAUUACGUAAAACCAGAGGAUAAAAGAUUGUAAAUGCGAUAUACAAUUUUCUUAAUAACAAAAGAAAAAAAGAAAGAACUAGAAUAAAGACAGAGAAAGAAGAACCGAACAAAGGAAUGAGAAAUGGCGUAUCGGAGAAGACAAGGGGUCACAAGAGCUUCCACAUUCAACGACGAUAUCUAUCAUCAGACACCUGAUCUCGAUUACGGUGAUCUCAAAGGUCACUCCAAUGGCAAAUCCUCCUUCAGAUCAUCUCAAUCUUUCUCUUCUUAUUCCUCCCUUGCCGCUCAAGCAAUCCGCGCUUCCUCUUCUCUCAACCCUAAUUCCAAUUCUGAGGUGCGAGGAUUCACGGCUUACGAAGAUGCAAACAAGAACGAUAGCCGCGGUUUCUGGGGAAUCCUAGCUCAGAAAGCCAAAUCAAUCCUCGAGGACGAAGAAGAGCAGGAGCAGCAAAACGUCGUCGUUUCGGAGCCCUCGAGUAAUAAUAAUAGCAAUCCAACCAUACGCAAAAGCAUAGACAAGAUCACAACGUCUCUGAAUCAGAUCGGAGACAGCUUCGAGAAAGCGUUCGAGGAAGGCCGUACGAUGGUGGCUUCUCAAAUUAGACGUAAAGGAUCAGACCUAAUGGAUAUACCAGAGAAUCACAAUCAAUCCUCUGGUUCAAACAGUCCAUGGCAGCCAUUAACGCAACCUAACCCACACGAGUCUCAGCUCAAAGCCUCACGUGACGUAGCCAUGGCUACAGCGGCCAAAGCCAAGCUCCUCUUACGCGAACUCAAAACGGUUAAAGCCGACCAAGCUUUCGCUAAGCAACGGUGCUCGCAGCUGGAAGAGGAAAACAAACGGUUAAGAGAUAACCGGGAGAAGGGAACCAACAAUCCUGCCGAUGAUGACCUAAUCAGGCUUCAGCUUGAGACGUUGCUUGCGGAGAAAGCAAGAUUGGCACAUGAGAACUCUAUCUACGCGAGAGAGAACAGGUUCUUGAGAGAGAUCGUUGAGUAUCAUCAGUUAACGAUGCAAGAUGUUGUUUAUAUAGAUGAAGGUAUUGAAGAAGUGGCUGAGGUGAAUCCUUCGAUCACUAGAACGCUAUCCAUGGCUUCGUUCGCUGCUUCUGAGUUCCCUGUGAACUCUUCUUCUCCUUUGUCUCCAUCUUCGCCUUCCAGGCUUUCGGUUUCUACGGAUGUUUAUCCGGUUUUGGUUCAGCAGAGCUCGGCUAGUGAUGUUGGUGGUGGUAGUGCUGACGAGAGUCCUAGACCGGUUCGACCACCUUCUUUGGGAUACACGGAUGAUGUUAAAAGAUCAUUGUCACAGAUGUCUGUUUAGAAAUCGAAGAGUUGAUUACUUAUUACCAUUUUGAUUUUUUUUAUCUGCUUCGAAAGUUUUCUUCUUGUUAACUUGAUUUCAUUUUUGGCUGUCGAUUGUAAUAUUGAUGAACAGUUUUGCCCUCUACGUCCACGUAAAUCUCUAAGGGGAAUUUUAUUGAUUUUUUCUUUUCUUUUGGUAACACAAAACUGAAUAAAAUAUUGUACAUUGUGUUCUUUUGGCAAGAAGAAUGAGACAAGUAUAUAUGGUUCUCUUUUUAAUCAAUUGUAAAAUAUAUCAUCAAACCUCUAAGUCAGGCUAAUGAUGUCGAUUGUUUUACUGAGCUGUGUUUUUUGUCCUAUCCAAACAUGAUAAACUGUAGCCUAAAAACUAAGCAUGACGAGAAAAUCAUUGAUGCAAUUGAAUCAGGGAAUGUAGACAAGAUUAGCGAGACUAACCUAAUUAGUGGAGAACUUAUUCUCUAACAGCGUCCAACUCAUUUUACUCCAUAUCUCCUAUGUAAAUGGGCACAAGAAAAAAGGUAUCUUCUAGAUUAUCAUACAAUCUUUGUCCUCCAGCCCAUAGCUUAAUAAGAUCACCCACCAGUCCAUAACCUGUUAAGAACUGCUAAUCAUGUGAACAAGCUUUAUGUUAGGGUUGCGUAACGAAACAUACCCCCACUAAAACAUUGGCUUACCUUCUCCAAUUAGUCUUCGUGUUGCUCUUGAUUGGAAUCAACUUCAUCUGGAUUAGUGAUCAAAUUAUGUAUGUUUGUUGUUAUUUCCUCUUCUAUCUUAUUUAUGUUUAACUCUGUAGUUCCUUCUUAUACGCAUCAUGCUCACAAUCAAAGCUAGAGUUGCAUUAGAAGAGAUCCCAUAUCAAUAAAAACCCUUUUUGAUCCCGUGGUAUUAUAUGUUCUUCCCAAAGCAGACCAGUUACCAAACCAAAACAAUGCGUCAUUUCUAAUCCAGUUACCAAUCCAAGGCUGUUUGAGUCUCCUUGUCCCCGAAGACGUCGACUUUUCACAGAGAAGAAACAACCACCAAUAGAAAUGGGAAAAAAGAGAGUUUAGCUCAGAAACGGAGCAACAAAACAGAAGAUGAAAAUGGUCAAUGAGCUAAGUGAGAAAAAUAAAUGUAAACUUAACCAGUUAACUCUCGUUAUCGUUAAUAUGGGAACUACGUCUGGUCGAGUCAGUGACUCGGAAUCGACUAGAUUCAAAUGGAGCUUACAAAUAGAAAAAAAAACUAGUAUCCAAGCAUCAGUGCCCUUCAUUAGCACUCGAUGCAUACUCUCUCGUCUCCUAUCUUAGGGAACUAGCAAAAACCAAGUCUACGUCUACAGUGCUAUCAUCUCUAGCUCUACACUCAAUUUGACAACCUUAUGAAUCAUAAGUUAUAAUUCAUCUCUAACCUUUCUCUUAACACUCUCAGCCUCUCUGUAUAGCGACUCUGCUAUAAGGCUUCACGUGCAAGCGUCUUUGGAUACAUUCAUGCAUCAUACCAAAGAUGUACUCGUGCCACAUAAGACUAGCACAGCCAAAACACCUUGUGGACUGUACUAGGCAGGAGGCGAGGAAAUAGUCAUUUCUUCAGAUAGCCGUUUCUCUAACGUAGUCCCUUAAAUAGCUUUUCGAGACAUAUACGUUUAUUAUCUUUUCGUCAACGCUUGUAGAUCAAGGUACAUUUUUAGUAUCAACUAUCCAAAUACGUCUUCCUGUAAUUUUAAAUCUGAAAAAUAUGCAGAAUCGGUCAAUUUGGAGAUGUUGGUUUGCGUCAGUCUAUAACUAUCCUCUCACAUCAUUUAAGAAGUUGGACGAUACUAUUCUUAGUCUAGGUUUGAGAAGAAAUCAAGAACAGGUUUGAAUCAUUUGCACGAGUGCAUAACCAAAUAGAUCCAGUUCGAAAACACCUCAAAUCCUCCAGAAAACAGUUCACAUCCAAAA